GAUUUAAAAUAUAUGUGAAUUGCAGACUGAUGUAUACACAUUACUAUUACGUGGAGGAGGUAAAGGGAAUGACGACAGAUUAGUAUUGGUAGCAUGUAGGCUGAAAUAAGCAUCUCUACCAUACAGACAACAGAGAAUAUGUACGAACAUCAGCCUGAGGAGCAGAGUGUGUACGUUACCACUAGUGGGGACUAACCAACGCGGGAUCACAAGUAAACAUUCAUGCGCGUCAACCACGCCGUAGUUGAAAGCAAAACACCGACGCAUUACGUUCUAUUCACGUAAAAUUUAUAAUAAAAUACGUUGACGUUUAACUCCAGUCUGUUAAAUACAUUCAAUAAAUAUCAAGUCUUAAUUUCAUCAUUUACACCGUGUUUCAUAACUCGUACUUCAUACCUCAAGAAAUAAUAUGAUUUAUCAGUAAAUUGGAAUUGUAAUAAAGUUCCAUUGAUUUUAUCUUAUUUAAAAAUCUACUUUUUGUGAUAUGACCUAGAGUUCAUUGAAACAUUCAUUUAUUGAGACACUAAGGAUGAGAAUAAUUAUUGUCAGCUGAGCUGAUAAUAAUUUAUGAAUAACUAGUUCUGAAGAUUUAGUUAGUUAAAUAUUAAAUAUCGAGGAUUUAGUAUAAAGGAGCAGAGAGAAAAAAUGGAUCUUGUUUACAUGCCAGAAAUUAUGACCUACGGAUCAUUCAGAGCUCCGACUUUAAGAGACUAUGAGCAACCGUGGAAUAAAAAUUAUUUUCAAUAUGGUAAAUCACCGUCUAAUACCACGACUAGACAACAGCAAGAACAUUUACAGCAGCAAUUACGCGCAAACUCUAAAAAGGAACACUGCCAUUUGUGUAAAGAGAGCAAGAGAAGAUCACUCGGGGCCUAUAUAAAGGGCAAAGGUAGAUCUAUUUCUUGUAACGAGAUACACGAAGAGGUGGAGGAGGAAGAUGAAGAAAUUGAUAAUGCCAGGGACAAUAAAAACCAGUCAUCUGAUACUAAAACUUGCAAGCCAAGCGUUAAAAAUAAUGAAAAAAUUGCCACUAAAUUGUAAAUUAUUAUUAUUAUAAAUAAGCAUUAUUCUAGAUGUAAGAUUUUUUUUAAAGAGAUUUAUGUCUAAGAUUAUUUUUAUAGGACUUGAAUAUUUUCGAUUAAAAAUAUGAGAUGAAGGACAGAAUUUUUAAUGAGAUGUUAAUAAUUAAAUGAAUGAUUAAUUGUUAUUUAUAGAGCGGAAUAUGGAAUUUUGUAAAGAAACUAAGCUUGAUGGUACUUGGGUUUUAUUUUUCGGGUGAAAUUUUUCCACUGAGUUAAUACUUUAUUUUUUAUGCUGUGAAUAUUUUUUUUUUUUUUUUUAUUUUUUUUUAUUAUAUUUAUAUUAUUAUAUUAUGGAAAAGGUAAAUUAUGUUGGGUGUAAGUGGAAUAAUUUUAGUCAUUAGCUUAUCUCGGAUGAUAAUUUAGCGAUUAAAUAGUCUAUUAAAUAAAUAUUUAAUUUAUUUAAGCACAAAUAUUUUGAGUUUUAAUGAAUAAAGAAUAAAUAAGACAAGGUUCAAUUGAAAAUAGCUACGAUAAUUAUAGAUCACGUGAGUUAUUAUAAAUAAAUCUGUACAAGUAUAUCAAUAUGUUUAUAACGAUGUCUAGAAAUAAUUAAGCCGAUAAAUAUUAUUGUUUAUUAAAUUAACGGUAUUUAUACACGGCAUUUUAUAAAUAUGUUUUUUUAUAUAUGAUUGUUUUUUAGACUAUUUUCAUUUGAAAAAGAUAAAAAUGGAUUUAAGAACCUUGUUUACUAUCAAGAAGUUUAAUUACGAUUAUAAAGUUGUUAAAAAUUGUAAAGUUAAGAUAAAAAAAUUGAAAUAUUUUAUAAUCAAAGUAAUUAAAUUUUAGAAUUGUUAUUUAUAAUACUAAUGGUUAAAUAUAAUUAUUGAAUCCAGGCCAGACAGAAUAAUUACAAUUACAGACAAUUGCAUGUAAUUCGGUCAAAAAAUGUUUAAUACAUCAAAGUGUAUGUUUACGUAAAAAUUAUGAUUUAUGGAAAGUGUGAGGUGAUUAUCGGAGAUUACUAAAAUUUCGUAAAUCCUCUGUACUGUUUAUCAGAAGUUUAUUCAUCUUUUUUUUUUUAAUUUUUUUUUUUUUUUUUUUUUUUUUAAG